CACGUCACGUCGGACAUGCGUCGGACGUAGGUAGACGUAGACGUCAAAUCGAAUGUUAUUUUACUCGUAUCUUAUUUAUUUCUUUUCAUGAAAAUUAAUUUAACGCUUCAUUUUACAAGAAUAUUACCAAAAAGCUACAAAGUGGCAAGGCAUGAUUUUCGCGCGUUUGCUAUGACCACCAACAUGGAAAGUGAUAAUAACUGGCGAGGCGUUCCUUUAACCGAGAUAUGGGGGGCGCAGUCCCCAUGGGGAGCUCCAGAGUUCCCUUUAGUGGCCCCGGCAUUUAACCACACAGUGUUGUACCAUAUUCCGAGCAGCGGUUGUGUGCCGGGCGACCGGCCGCCGAAACCGCAGAACGGACAAGACAAAUGGGACCACGAUUUCGUCAGGAUGCCGUGCUCUAAUCAGAGUUUAUAUCCAGUUGAAGAUAGCUCCGGUGAAACACACUUGAAGAAACGCUGGGGCUUAAUCCAGAGUGCCCUGUGGAAGCCAAUCCGGAACAGCCACGAGCUAGCCGAAGCUAUAAUAAGCUAUAACACACAGUUCAAAAACACUUGGAAGUUCAGAGCACUACAUAAGCUGUUUAAUGAGCAUUUGGAAGAAGAGGAAUCCCAGUACUUCUUUGAUGUCACAUUGCCCGAGAUAGCCAAACUUGCACUUGAGUUGCCUAAAUUAAUACAGUCCCCUAUACCAUUGCUCAAACAGCACAAAAACCGGUCAAUAUCACUGUCGCAGCAGCAAAUAUCAAGUUUGCUCGCAAACGCAUUCUUCUGUACGUUUCCGCGGCGAAACAGCACCAAGAAGAGUUCUGAAUAUGCUUCUUUCCCGCACAUCAACUUUAAUACACUUUAUGAAACAUCGGGAUCAGAUUCCAUCUUGGAGAAGCUCAAGUGUUUGUGCCACUACUUUAGAAGAGUCUGCACUAAAGUUCCAGUCGGGGCAGUGACGUUCUCGCGCCGCUCGGUGCCGCCGCGGCGCUGCCCCGCCUGGCCACAGUCUACUGCCUCCCUGGCUGCCGUGCCUCUACACGUAGCGGCCGGUGGAACUAUUGAAGAUUCUGACGGUCUGGUGCAGUUGGACUUCGCUAACAAAUUCCUCGGCGGGGGCGUGUUGGGAUACGGUUGUGUCCAGGAAGAGAUUCGCUUCGUCAUCUGUCCUGAGUUAUUGGUAUCCAUGCUGUUUACCGAGGUGCUGCGGCCGAACGAAGCGCUCAUGAUCAUAGGCUGCGAACGCUACAGCAAGUACUCCGGCUACGGGUCCAGUUUCCAAUGGUCCGGCGACUACUCCGUCGCGACCCCGCUAGACUCGUCGAGCCGGCGUCGCGCGUGCGUGCUGGCGGUGGACGCGCUGCCUUACGCCAGCGCGGCGCUGCAGUACAGACCGCCGGCUAUGGUUAGAGAACUCAACAAGGCCUGGGUGGGAUUUACCUUCUAUUCCGAAGACCAGCCCACAAGCACCCAGUACCCCGGCAUUGCUACUGGCAACUGGGGCUGUGGGGCCUUCGGGGGCACUCCGCAGCUCAAGACCCUCAUACAGCUCAUGGCGUGCGCGGAGGCCCGGAGGCCUAUGGCGUACUACACGUUCAACGAUGAGGGGAUUCGGGACGAGUUUGUGAACGUUUAUAACUUGCUUGCAAGAUAUAAUAUCACUGUUGGUCAACUGUACCAGUUGAUCGCGCGGUUUUGCACGACGGACGUUCGUAAGGGCAACCUGCACGACUUCAUACAGCACGCGCUGAACAACGGACAACUGCCUCCGACCUGUCCGGCGCCGGAGCCCGCGACACCGGACACGGCGCCGAGUCCCCCGGACACGGGACCGGGGACUACCGACGCGAGUCCGGCGGACAGCUCGAGCACGAGACAGACGGACGUGGAGAAUAUGGAUAUUUGUGACACAUUGGACAUGAACGAAAUAGAACUCUCCGAGUCGUUACAAAAGGAACUCCUCAGACAAUCACCUGACAUGUUCUCUCAAGAUGACACAGACUCCCAAGAAACACAACUAUUAAACAACCGUGAAGACGUCUCUAAAUCAACAAGCGCAGAGGUUCACAAAAUGGCGCCCAGUUCAAACAAAAUGGCCGCCAGUAACAGUAAAAGUCUAACUACAGAUUUGUUUGAAGAGAUGAAUAAGCUUGACCAGUCGAAUGGUAAGCUAAAUCUAUCUAAAUCACACACUAAUAUACUAUACGAAUCUGUAAAAAGUAUAAAUGAUUCUAUGGAUACGAGUGAGAAAUCGGAAGAAAGUAAAUCGGAUCCCAGUUCGGAGAUGAAGAGAAAGAUGGCUAAGAAAAUAACUGAUUAUUUUAGUAAAAAAGCUAUUUAAAUUUAAAAGUGGAAAAAUUACUGCCUUGGGUGAGACUUGAACUCACGGCCUCUGGAUAGAUACUCCAGCGCUCUGCCAACUGAGCCACCAAGACCUCAUCCAUAGUCAGCAAAUCUUCCCACUAUAUGGGUCUAGGGGACCCUAGCGACAUCUACCGUGAGAAUGUUACACUUCUUAAACGGCCACCGGAGUUCCAAGUCAUAUUGGAAAUUCACCAGUUACGAGUGCUACCCAUUUUAAAUUAAUUUUUAACAAGCAGAAACGUCUGCGAUCGAUGCUAUUAAGCUUAGAAUAAAUUUAAAAGUGGAAAAAUUACUGCCCUGGGUGAGACUUGAACUCACGGCCUCUGGAUCGAUAUUCCAGCGCUCUGCCAACUGAGCCACCUCAUCCAUAGUCAGCAAAUCUUCCCACUAUAUGGGUCUAGGGGACCCUAGCGACAUCUACCGUGAGAGUGUUACACUUCUUAAACGGCCACCGGAGUUCCAAGUCAGAUUGGAAAUUCACCAGUUACGUUAGUUAGAGUUCAAGUCUCACCCAAGGCAGUAAUUUUUCCACUUUUAAAUUUAUUCUAAGCUUAAUAGCAUCGAUCGCAGACGUUUCUGCUUGUUAAAAAUUAAUUUAAAAAGCUAUUUGAUGUAUAUACUGCUUAGUUAUGUUAUAGUGUGUUUCUGAUAUACUUAUUUACAUCGUAUUUAAGAGUUGGCUUUGUUAAUCUUGGAAGUUAUUGGCCUGGGGCCCAUUUCACAAACGGUCAAAUCGUAUGGGUUGCCAUGACAACACAAUAAUAAUAUUAGACAAUUGUCGUUCGAGAAAUUGGCCCCUGUAGUCGACAUCAAAUAUAAUGUCGAAAUUUAGGGAAUAUUACGCGAAAAUCUGCGUAGGAGGCGCCACUACCACAAUCUGAGGGUCUAUUGCGAAACAAGAAAAUCGAAAUUUCGUUAUCAAACAUCUGUCACUCUUGCAUAAAGAGGCAGAUAGCGAAAUUUCGGAUUCGCGUUUCCCGGUAGGUCCUCUGUAAACAAACCGCCUUGAUGCAUCAAUGUCAUAUUUUAUUAUCUCUGAAAACUUGUCAAAAAUUUGUUAAAGGUACAGUAUGUAUAAGUUACUCUAUGGUUUACUAAACGGGCUAGUGCUGCACUCUGAUGGCAGAACAUUGCAGUAAUACCCCCUAUUGCAAAAGUGUAAACAUAUCUUUAUUCCGUAGACUAAAAUGACAUUUCAUGUGGUACUAAGAAAUGUCAUGUCUUACACAUGAAACGUCAUUUUAGUCUACGGAAUAAAAAAACAAACAGACAUUUAGUCUGUAUACAUAGAAAAUAGUUAUUUGUGCAACAAGAGAGGAAAGUUGGUUUUUCUUGCGAGUGUUUAUUUUGAGUCCCGAGAAAGCGAAAGAUUCUAAGGUAGAAUCUUGAGCGUAGCGAGGGACUCAUAAACACGAGAUGUAAAAUAACUUUGCUCUCGUGUUGCACACAUAAUUUUUCACCUCAGUAGUGAGAACAUAUUAAAGGUUAAAAUGUAUUUCGAAUUACACAGAAUAAACAGAAAAAAAAAGUAUUAUAAUAUGUACGAUACGAUAAGAUACGAUACGAUACGAGACCGGACCGGACCGUACCGUACCGUACCAUAAAAAAAAAUGUAAUAAAAGUAUGAAGUUCAUGGCCUUCACUAAAUUAAAAAGCUACAUUGUUUCACUCCCUGGAGUGAGGAAAGUCGCACUUUCCUCACUCCAGAAAGUGACGAAAGUAGGCUUGUUCGAGCUGCUGAGGUGAAAAAAUAAUGUUUAGACUAUAAAAAACUUCAUGUUGAAGUUUCCAUACAGUAGUGC